AGAUAUGCAUUGACAGAAAAGGAGCAGUCAGUAACUAAGUAUCCCUGUGACAGAGAGCUCCUCUACCCCCUCCCUAUACCCUAACCCCGUAAUAAACGCGCCCGGACAUGGUGGUCGUGGGAGCAUCCAAAGUCAUCUUUAUACCCGGGCAUCAGUCGGAACAGAGUGACUGUCAGACCGGGUCUCUGGGAGCCAUUAUGGUGCCAGUGCACAGCCCGGGUAGCCCGGAGUCAGCAAGCAGCGAACACCCCCCCAGGAAAAGACAGCGGCUCACACAUCUCAGCCCAGAGGAGAAAGCGCUCAGGAGGAAAUUAAAAAACAGAGUCGCAGCACAGACAGCUCGUGAUAGGAAAAAAGCCAGAAUGGGUGAACUUGAACAGCAAGUAGUGGAUCUAGAAAUGGAGAAUGAGAAACUCCUGAUUGAAAAUGAGAUAUUACGGGAAAAGUCACACAGCCUGGUGACAGAAAACCAAGAGCUACGACAGAGACUGGGCCUCUGUGCCCUGGAAGUUAAUGACGAGGAAGAGAUUGAGGUUCUAGUUAAGUCCAGAAUGGAUGAGGUCAGACUUGUGACCGGGUCCGCUGAGUCCGCAGCACUCAGACUACGUGCCUCUGCAGCAGGAGCAGGCCCAGAAGUCUCAGAACCUGACCAUAUCCACAUGGAUCCUGACAGCCCUGACUCUUCAGACUCUGAGUCUGAUCUCUUACUGGGCCUUCUGGAAAGCCUGGACACAGACUUGUUGCUUACCUGUGAAGGAACAUUGCCCUGGAGCCCACAGGAAGAGGUCAAAGGAGACAAAUCCGAUCCCAUACAAGCCUCCCCAUCUUCUCCUGUGGGGACCCCAUCAGCCAAGCUGGAGGCCAUUAAUGAACUGAUCCGUUUUGAUCACGUGUAUACCAAGCCUUUGGGCUCUGAACAAGAUUUAGAGCUAAGUAGUGAGCCAUGCAUUGUAGUUAAAAUGGAGGAAGCAACUUUUAGUCCAUCAACUGAUGACAUUACAGACUACCAAAAUUGCGUGAAACAGGAACCCCAAGAAGACGUUAUCCCUGAUGUUGGGAUGCAGAGCUUGCUGUCCUCUUCUGAGAACCACUUGGAGAAACCAGCAGGCAUCCUGGACACAGGCAGUGACUCUGGGUAUGAAGGAUCUGCCUCACCUUUCAGUGACUUGUCCUCUCCUCUGAACUCUGAUCACAUUUGGGAGGACUCCUUUACCAGUGAACUCUUUCCUCAGCUACUCAAUGUUCAUAUGCAUCCGAGCUGUCCCCCUUCACCUCCUAUUGAUGAUACCCUCUUCUGGGGUCACAGUACAGAUUUUGAAGAUGGUGAUUUCUAGUUAUUUAUCUGUAUUCCUCAGUAGCACUGAGAAACUAAAACUGCCAGACUAUUAGAGUUUCAUUCAUCUUAAUGUAUUUUCAUAUAAGUUUUGUUACCUCAGUACAAAAUGGUAUAAGUACAUGUGUAUUACCAUUUUAGGCUAAACUUAUUUGUGCUUAUUGUCUUGGCUUAAAAUAAUUAUUGCCAAGAAAAAAAGCUCUCUGCCAACCCGUACAUUCCCUGUACACAAAUUGAGCUUAAAUUGUUGUUUCAUGCUUAAGAUAUAUAGCAAGAUAUUCAAGUUUGCCAUAGUUAUUUUAAAUAACUUCAUCUACUUAAAAAAAUAAUAUAUAAUUUAUUUUUUAUUUAUUAAUUUAAUGUGUGCUUGUCAUACAAUUAUGCCACAUUAAACAUGGUGGAUACAAAUUCAUUAAAAGAAAUACAGCAAAAUGACACAGAAUAACACACGUUUUUACCCUUGACAGUCUGCUGAGUUAGACUCAAUGGAUGUGUGUAUCCAGGGUAUCAGAUAUGCGCUUCUGAACUGGACUUCAUUUGUAAUUUCAAAAGGCAUCAUACAAACCUAUACUGGGAUUAAAAAAAGUCAGACAUAGGAGUGUUUAAUUAUGAAGUAUGUGUGUAGAAUAUAAUAAACUGACAUUGGUUACUAUACAGUCACCUGGCAGUAAUGCAUAUUUGAAAAGCGUCAACAUUUAAUAUUCGUUUUUAUUUUAGAAGUCAACUUACUCCAGUUUUGUUCAGGUUAUUUUUUUAACUGUUAAAUUAUUAAAGAAACAAUAUUUUAUGGCAGGAAUUGUAGGAUUUCUACUAACUGAAAUGAUAAACACUAGUCCCUGCAUAUUUCAAACAAGUAUUGCUAAUAAUACUGGCUUUACAUUUUAGAACCAACAAUUUUGCUCCAAUUUAGGGAAUUAUUAACAAAGCAUUUAUGCAUUUGUUAAAGAAGCUUUUUAUGGUAGUUUUUGAGUGCUAUGGCACCUAUGUCCUGUAUAUAAUAGGUUAUACAGUUGGGGUAAAAUGCUUUGGAUUUAUAAAUUCAGCAAUGUACAGAAAUCUUAGAAUACCCCUAAUCAGAUGAUAUCUAUUUUAUGAAAACAAUAAAUUUACUAUGUAAAUGAGGCCAACUUAUAUAAUUUUCCUACCAUUUGUUCUAGCUUUUUAAGAAGUUGCUUUCUCCAUUUUAAUAUUUAAUAUUACAAUAAAAAAUAUGUCUUAUUGA